CCUCGCCUCGCGCCUCUGCCGGUUGGGCCCGCUCCGAGCGCCCGGCCCCGGAGAUGAGCGUUUCCGUCCCGUCCGCGAUGAACCAGAUGAUGUUGCAUGACUAUCGCAGGAGAAAUUCAUGUCUCUAGCUCUGAAGGACUCGCUCACAUCUGUUCGAGCCUGCUAGUUGGAGUUUGCCGCUGAGCCCAGGAGCCCAGGAACCUCCGCCACGCCACCCACCUUUCUGCAUAGCUGGAGAAGGGCUGAGCUUGGACACGCCUUUGCCUCUGGAUCACUAAGGAAGUCUAGUUCUCCCCAGGAUAGGAUCCAAUCCAUCAAGAAAAAUGAUCCCCAAUGGAUAUUUAAUGUUCGAGGAUGAGAAUUUCAUUGAAUCUUCUGUCGCUAAACUGAAUGCCCUGAGGAAGAGUGGCCAGUUCUGUGAUGUGCGGCUGCAGGUCUGUGGGCACGAGAUGCUGGCACACCGAGCUGUGCUGGCCUGCUGCAGCCCCUAUUUGUUUGAGAUCUUCAACAGUGACAGCGACCCUCACGGCGUAUCCCACGUCAAGUUUGAUGACCUCAAUCCAGAAGCCGUGGAAGUCCUGCUGAAUUAUGCCUACACAGCACAGUUGAAAGCUGAUAAGGAAUUGGUGAAAGAUGUUUAUUCUGCAGCCAAAAAGCUGAAGAUGGACAGAGUGAAGCAGGUCUGUGGUGACUACUUGCUGUCUCGAAUGGAUGUCAGCAGCUGCAUCUCCUACCGGAGCUUUGCCAGCCGUAUGGGUGACUCGCGCUUCCUGCACCAAGUGGAUACGUACAUCCAGGAGCAUCUGGUGCAGGUGGCUGAGGAGGAGGAGUUCCUGAAGCUCCCGAGGCUCAAGCUGGAGGUGCUCCUCGAAGACAAUGUCUGCCUGCCCAGCAACGGCAAAGUGUACACAAAGGUAAUCGACUGGGUGCAGCGCAGCAUCUGGGAGCACGGCGGCAGCCUGGAGGCCCUGAUGGAGGAGGUUCAAACCUUGUACUACUCAGCUGAUCACAAGUUGCUUGAUGGGAGCGUCCUAGAUGGCCAGGCUGAGGUGUGUGGCUGGGACGAUGACCACAUUCAGUUUGUGCAGAGGAAGCCGGCCCGGGAGAGUGGCCCUAAGCAGAUAAGCAGUGGUUCCAUAGGCCGUGCGGCUUCCCCGGGUGCUGCUCCUCAGAGUCCCAAGCAUGAGUGGAAGAUCGUUGCUUCUGAGAAGACUUCGAACAACACUUACCUGUGCUUGGCUGUGCUGGAUGGCGUCUUCUGUGUCAUCUUCCUGCAUGGCAGGAGCAGCCCUCAGAACUCCCCGACAAGUACUCCGAAACUCACGAAGAGCCUGAGCUUUGAGCUGCAGCCAGACGAGCUGAUGGAGAAGCCCAUGGCACCCAUGCACUAUGCCCGCUCGGGGCUAGGCACAGCUGAGAUGAAUGGGCGGCUCAUUGCCGCGGGUGGUUACAACCGGGAGGAGUGUCUGAGAACUGUUGAAUGCUACGACCCCUACACAGAUCGGUGGGCCUUCCUGGCCCCCAUGAGGACGCCCCGAGCACGCUUCCAGAUGGCUGUCCUCAUGGGCCAGCUCUACGUGGUCGGGGGCUCCAACGGCCACUCAGAUGACCUGAGUUGCGGGGAGAUGUACGAACCCAGUGCUGACGACUGGAUCCCAGUGCCUGAGCUGAGGACCAAUCGCUGUAAUGCAGGCGUGUGUGCUCUAAGCGGGAAGUUGUACAUCAUUGGGGGCUCCGAUCCCUAUGGCCAGAAAGGCCUGAAGAACUGUGAUGUGUUCGACCCCGUGACCAAGGCGUGGGCGAGCUGCGCACCCCUUAACAUCCGCCGGCAUCAGGCGGCAGUUUGCGAGCUGGGUGGCUUCUUGUACAUCAUUGGCGGCGCUGAGUCCUGGAACUGCCUCAACAGCGUGGAACGCUACAACCCGGAGAACAACACCUGGACGCUCAUUGCGCCCAUGAACGUGGCACGGCGGGGGGCCGGGGUGGCUGUUUUGGAUGGAAAGCUGUUCGUGGGGGGCGGCUUCGAUGGGUCUCGUGCCAUUAGCUGUGUGGAGAUGUAUGACCCAGCCCGCAAUGAAUGGAAGGUGACUGGCAGCAUGACCUCACCGAGGAGCAAUGCAGGCAUAGUCACAGUGGGUGGUGCCAUCUUCGCUGUGGGCGGCUUCGACGGCAACGAGUUCCUGAGCACGCUGGAGACCUACGACCCUCACAGUGGCGAGUGGAGCCCCUGUACCCGCACCCCAGCUGGCUUGCCCUGACAUCAUUCCUUGGGUCUGAGUGUCAAGGGCACCCUUGUGAAUUGGGGUGGGGGGGUGUAGAGGUUGCCGUGGCAACACAGAGCUUUUUUUUGCAUAUUGCAUAUUACACGCUGUGCGCCCUGGUUCUGUGGGAGGGGAGGUGGCGGCUGAGGCCUGGGCUGUGUGUGUGUAGCUUCAUUGGGUACUUGACAGUUUGAGGUGGGGUGUUGGGAAAGAAGGAUAAACCCACGUAUGGGUGGGGGGGACAUAUCUCAAGGAACCCCAGCUCUCCAGGAUGUGCACUGGGGCUGGGGAAUGUCGCUGGCUUCUUGGGGCCCCCCUGCACGAACUGGAACCCUUGCUAUGAGACUUAUUUAACUAGAUGACGAUAUUUUUGUUUGUAUUAAAGAAAGCUGACAUGCC